AUGUCAUAUCUGCAGCCUGACAACCCGACGAACUCGUAUGUGGCUAGCGGCAUCAGCCGGAUUCGAGAUCUGGCCCCGGCAACCAUACUAAACAAUAUUCUCCAUGAUGCUGACGAUGACGAGAUCGAGCACGUGGAACACUUCAAGUAUAAGCAAGACUUGGAUAGAAAGUUGACUGUGUCGUCUAUCAUAGGCUUGGGCUUCACCUUGAUGGGAAUUCCGUUCGGGCUAUCCUCAACCUUGUGGAUUCUGUUGGUUGAUGGUGGGAAUGUUACCAUGCUUUAUGGCUGGCUAAUUGUAGGCUUUUUCAGCAUUUGCAUCGUUCUAAGUUUAUGUGAAAUCAUUGCCAAAUUCCCCACUGCUGGUGGUGUAUAUCAUUUCAGUGCUAUUCUCAGCAAUGAGAAAUAUUCACUUGUCAGUUCAUGGUUUACAGGUUGGUUCUUGUUGAUCGGAAAUUGGACAUACGCAGUGAGUAUCAUGUUCCUGGGAUCUCAAUUUAUACUCUCCAUUUUCGGGCUCAAAAAUGUCUAUUAUAAAGAGGACAUCAUGUUAGUUUUAGGGGUUUACUUUAUUCUCUUGUCGUUUGUUGGUUUUGUUAACUUCAAGUUCUCCAGAUACUUGGAAUAUAUCAACAGGGUGUGCAUUAUCUGGUCAAUUGGUUCCGUGUUGCUUAUUGGCACAUUCUUGAUGCUUUUCGCAAAACGAAAGAAUUCAAUUGGCCACAUCUUGACAGACUUUGAUAAUACAAGAUCAGGAUGGCCGGAUCCUUUGGCUUUUAUGAUUGGCCUCCAGAGCUCCUCGUUCACUUUGACCGGUUAUGGAAUGCUCUUCUCCAUGACGGAUGAGGUCAAAAAUCCAGAACGAAACAUGCCCAAGGGUGCCAUCAGUGCCGUAGUGAUGUGUGUGAUUCAAGGACUCUUUUUCAUUUUGUCAAUUCUUGUGAUUCUUCCUGAACUCUCAGUUGUUUUGGACACAAACCCAGAGAUUAUGCCCAUCGAUAUUGUUUUCAAAAGUGCAACUCAGUCUUAUAUUGUGUCGUUCCUCUUGAUAUUGCUUUUGGUUGGCACUGUCAUUUUCCAAGCAAUCGGUGGACUCACUACAGCCUCCAGAAGUACGUACGCUUUCGCUCGUGACGGAGGCUUGCCAUUUAAGAAUUUGUGGGUGGAAGUUGGUUCAGUGGAAGAUUCCGUUUUGCCCAAGAAUGCUUUAUUUUUGUCAAUGGGAGUCUGUGGAGCGUUCUCACUCCUCGCAUUGAUCUCUCCUUCUGCUUUCGCAGCAUUCAUGGGGGCAUCUGUGAUCUCUUUGGCGCUUGCAAAUGGUAUUCCUAUUUUCUGUUUGAUGUUGAAUAAGCGGAGGAAAAUCAAGGGUUCUGCGUUCCGUCUUCGGUACUUUGGAUGGCUCAUCAAUGGUAUCUCUGUCAUAUGGGUUUUCCUCUCUUUCUUCAUUUUAUGUCUGCCUCCAGUUAUUAAAAACCUUACGUGGCAAACCAUGAACUAUGCAAGUGUUGUGUUUGUUGUGUUGGUUCUUACUGCUGCUGUGGGAUACAAAACUUGGGGAGCAAACGUGUUCACUGGUCCACCCAUUGACACUGAUUACCUUGAGCUCCAUAACUUGGAAGCGAAUAGCAGAUUGGACAAUUUCGUUGUUGGUGAGGAAGAAGACACCCAUUCGACAACGAAGAAUGGUUACCAAGGAGUGAGCGGCGAACAAGAGGAGGGCGAAAGAUUAGAAGUGGAGGAAGUGAGCACAAUGGAAGCAACACUGAGCAAGAGUACAGACAUUGAACUGGAGGUGACUGAUAAAGAGGUAACGGUUAAGGAGGUUUUUUGUCAUAAAGAAGAUGAAGUAAAGCAAGAUGGAACUGAUAAUGAGCUGAACGGAGGAAAUGAAUUCGAAGAAAUUAAGGAUUCAGGUAUUCCGAAAGACGAUUCUAGUGUCCAGACAGAUGAUGAUCUCAAUAACGAUCUUGAUAAUGAUCUCAAUGACGAUCUUGACGAUGACGGGUGGGAUAACUCGGACGAUUUUGAUGACUUUGAAGCAAUUGAUGACUUCGAUGAUAUUACGGAAAUGGGAACAAUUGACAAAGGCGAACUGUCCAAAGCUACAGCAGCAUUCAAGCACACAGCCUUUCUGCCCAAUCAGUCGAUUGAUGUAAUCUUUGAUCAAGACGAUAAUUAG